UAUUCCCGCGUCCGCGUCGUUUGGAGCCGCGACGCUGAACAUGGCGCGUUCCUAGAAGCCGCUUUCGGCAUCAGUAGGCGGCGGCGUGUGGACUGGAAGCGUGAGGCGCGGGACCAACCGACUUCGCUUCGUGUUGGGGACUGGAAGCGGGAGAGCCGGGGUAUUCCGGACCGAACCAAACGGUGUCCAUGGAUCUCAAUAGUGCCAGCACUGUUGUUCUUCAGGUCUUAACACAGGCCACCAGUCAGGAUACUGCUGUAUUAAAACCAGCAGAGGAGCAAUUGAAACAGUGGGAGACACAGCCAGGUUUCUAUUCAGUGUUAUUGAAUAUUUUUACAAACCACACUCUGGAUAUAAAUGUAAGGUGGCUUGCUGUGCUAUAUUUUAAGAAUGGAAUUGAUCGUUAUUGGAGACGUGUAGCACCUCAUGCUCUCUCAGAGGAGGAGAAAUCUACGUUGCGUGCAGGGCUAAUCACCAACUUCAACGAACCAGUAAACCAGAUUGCAACUCAGAUUGCAGUGCUGAUUGCAAAAGUUGCUAGAUUGGACUGUCCUAGACAGUGGCCUGAACUCAUUCCCACUCUUAUAGAAUCUGUGAAAGUCCAAGAUGAUCUUCGACAGCACAGAGCAUUACUUACCUUCUAUCAUGUUACCAAGACUCUGGCUUCCAAACGUCUGGCUGCUGAUAGGAAAUUGUUUUAUGAUUUAGCUUCUGGAAUUUAUAAUUUUGCCUGCUCUCUGUGGAAUCACCAUACAGACACAUUCCUUCAACAAGUUUCUUCUGGGAAUGAAGCUGCAGUUCUAAGUUCAUUAGAACGAACUCUGCUGUCAUUGAAAGUGCUGCGUAAAUUAACUGUUAAUGGAUUUGUGGAACCUCAUAAGAAUAUGGAGGUGAUGGGUUUUUUACAUGGAAUAUUUGACCGUCUGAAACAAUUUCUGGAAUGCAGUAGAAGUAUAGGUACAGAUAAUGUAUGUAGAGACAGACUGGAAAAGACCAUCAUUCUUUUUACUAAAGUGCUUUUGGACUUCUUGGACCAGCAUCCGUUUUCAUUUACUCCUCUAAUUCAGAGAUCACUGGAAUUUUCUGUAAGCUAUGUAUUUACAGAAGUUGGUGAAGGCGUUACAUUUGAGCGAUUCAUUGUUCAAUGCAUGAAUCUUAUUAAGAUGAUUGUAAAGAAUUACGCUUAUAAGCCAUCCAAAAAUUUUGAAGACAGCAGUCCUGAAACUUUAGAAGCACAUAAGAUCAAGAUGGCAUUCUUUACAUAUCCCACUUUGACAGAGAUAUGUAGAAGAUUAGUCUCUCAUUAUUUUCUGUUAACUGAGGAAGAACUGACAAUGUGGGAAGAAGACCCAGAAGGCUUUACAGUGGAAGAAACAGGGGGAGAUUCUUGGAAAUACAGUUUGAGGCCUUGCACUGAAGUACUAUUUAUAGAUAUAUUCCAUGAAUAUAAUCAGACUCUUACUCCUGUACUUCUAGAAAUGAUGCAAACACUUCAAGGGCCCACUAAUGUGGAAGAUAUGAAUGCACUAUUAAUCAAAGAUGCUGUGUAUAAUGCUGUUGGAUUAGCAGCUUAUGAGCUGUUUGACAGUGUUGAUUUUGAUCAGUGGUUUAAAAACCAACUUCUUCCAGAAUUACAAGUCAUUCACAAUAGAUAUAAGCCAUUGCGACGCAGGGUGAUUUGGCUCAUCGGUCAGUGGAUUUCUGUGAAAUUCAAGUCUGACUUAAGACCCAUGUUAUAUGAGGCAAUUUGUAACUUGCUUCAAGAUCAAGACUUAGUGGUCCGUAUCGAAACAGCGACAACACUGAAGUUAACUGUUGAUGAUUUUGAAUUUAGAACAGAUCAGUUUCUGCCGUAUUUGGAAACCAUGUUCACACUACUUUUUCAGCUGCUGCAGCAAGUUACAGAAUGUGACACAAAGAUGCAUGUUUUGCAUGUCCUUUCCUGUGUGAUUGAAAGAGUCAAUAUACAGAUACGACCGUAUGUAGGAUGUUUGGUACAGUAUUUGCCUCUUCUUUGGAAGCAGAGCGAAGAACACAAUAUGUUGAGAUGUGCUAUUCUGACAACACUUAUUCAUCUUGUUCAGGGAUUAGGAGCAGACAGCAAGAACCUGUACCCUUUCCUGCUCCCAGUUAUCCAACUGAGUACAGAUGUUUCCCAGCCUCCACAUGUUUAUCUUCUGGAAGAUGGUUUAGAAUUAUGGUUAGUGACUUUGGAAAACAGCCCAUGUGUUACACCGGAGUUGCUUCGCAUAUUUCAGAAUAUGUCCCCCCUUCUUGAACUAAGUUCAGAAAACCUCAGAACCUGCUUUAAGAUCAUCAAUGGUUAUAUCUUUUUAUCAUCAACAGAAUUUCUACAGACAUAUGCAGUAGGUCUAUGUCAGUCCUUUUGUGAGCUGCUAAAGGAAAUUACUACAGAAGGUCAAGUUCAAGUGCUCAAGGUUGUGGAAAACGCCCUUAAAGUGAACCCAGUAUUAGGUCCACAGAUGUUUCAACCAAUUCUACCCUGUGUUUUCAGAGGUAUUAUAGAAGGAGAGAGGUAUCCUGUCGUGAUGUCAACAUAUCUUGGAGUUAUGGGUCGAGUCCUGCUACAAAAUACGAGUUUUUUUUCUUCGCUUCUUAAUGAGAUGGCACAUAAAUUUAAUCAAGAGAUGGAUCAGCUUUUGGGAAAUAUGAUUGAAAUGUGGGUUGAUCGAAUGGACAACAUUACGCAGCCUGAAAGAAGAAAACUUUCAGCUUUGGCUUUGCUUUCUCUUCUGCCAUCUGAUAAUAGUGUCAUCCAAGAUAAAUUCUGUGGGAUUAUAAACAUCUCAGUGGAAGGCUUACAUGAUGUCAUGACAGAAGAUCCUGAAACAGGAACUUACAAAGACUGUAUGUUAAUGUCUCAUCUUGAAGAACCAAAAGUAACAGAAGAUGAAGAACCACCCACAGAACAGGAUAAGAGAAAAAAAAUGAAAAACUCAACAGACCUAGUAAAAGAAUUGUAUUUGGCUGUCACUGAUAAGGUACUGUGAUUUUCUUUUCUUAGUUAACUAACAGUAAUCUUGAAGUUCAUGAUUUAUAAACAAAAUACUUUAUUUUGCAAGUAAUAUGAAAUUAAGGCAUCAUUUUACUGGUAUUUCUGAACUGUCUUUUGAGAUUCCUUGCCCUAUCACAUUGAGUAAUCAAGGUAAAUGUAGGAUUGUUGAAAAUACUCUUAUUCAACUUGCCUGCAUUGUCAGGCUGGUUAUGACUUUAGAUAGCUUUCUUUUUGCUUUUUCUUACCAUGCCAGUUCCACUACACUUUUCACCCCUGCUUUCUUGCUACCUCUUGACCUCAUCCUAAUUAGAAACUGAUCCUUAUCCAAAAUCCUGAACUCUGACAUUCCUCUCUCAUCACAACCUCUUCUUCUUCACCAUACCAUGUCUCCUGAAAAUUCUGUGGUGUACCUAUAUCUGGAGUCCUGUAAUUUGUUCUCACUUUCACACUCUUUUUAUAAACUUUCUCUUGUUUUCACUAACUUUCCCACCUUUUAACCUAAAUGUUCUUGUUUUUCUGCUGCUGCUAACUUUGGACAAGCCGUAGUCAUAAUCUUUGCCUCCCCACUUUAGACCUACUAAGUUUGUGGGCCUAGAAAUCAGGCUUAUGUAUUUCUUAAAAGCUUCACAUGUUAUUUUGGUGUCCAGCCAGUAUAGAGAACCACUAUAAUAGGAAUGAAAUUCCCUGACCGUCUUUUAUAGAUAUCGUGAUUCCACCCAGCCUUUUGCGCCUUGUUUUCUUCACCCUGCUCUGUCUCCUAAACCAGACGCCUUGUCUCCGUGAGUAUCAGAGGUUUUCUUGGCGUCUGUUACAGAGCUCUCAGACUUGUCCUUACGUGUGGAGUAGCCCCUUAAUCCUCUUUGCCUUCCCUCAGCUUACUUAUUUACUGUUUUCCUCAUGAGACGCUGUCUCUACUCACUGAUCAUCCUUCUCACCCAUGCCCAGGUAUAGAAGUAAUCUCUCCCUCUCCUGGAUUUACCUAGCAUCUUCUCUGUACAUGUCAACUGCUUAUACCAUCUUCUGCUUCAUGUAACCUAGCAACUCACAUCUGUGAUCUCCUUGAGAUUAGGAAACAUGUUGUCACUUAGGUUUGUGUGUGUAUGUGCUUAUAUCUUUGUAUAUUUCUGUAAAGCUUUGUUGAGUAAGCAUUUUUUAUAUUACAUAUUGAAGUUUCUUAAACUAAGGCAUUCUCUGUAAUAUUUAAAGCACCUUAACAUGUUAUGUAUAAUAUACUACUAGAACUUUUUUUCCCCUUUUUUUCCCUUUUUUUUGAAGAGAUUGACUCUAAAAUAUACCCCUGUUUUCUUUGGGUCCUUGGACAACUAUUCAAGUUAGUGAGGGUAGUGUCAUCGGAUCUGUUUCCCUCUGCCUUAAGAUGACAGAAAUCUCUCCUCUUUUCAUUCCCAAAACAAAUCUAGAUCCAUAACCUACUGUCUCCUUUCUCUUCUUGAAGCUUAUUAGCACCAAUGGGAAAGUAGCAGCAAUACCAUGCAGGCAUAAUUUUCCUAACUGACUUUAUAGCUAAUUAAUCCUGGCAAGAACUGUGUAUCCUGUGUGUUGUGGUCCAUCAUAUCGGUGGUCUUUACAUAAAAUCCAGGAAACACUCCAGAAUACUAUUAGCCGUUAACCUGAUCCUCAUCCAAAGUUGUUGCUCAUAUGGCUUUUAGUCUUUUCAAGCUUUUUAUUGCUUUAACAAUGUGCCCUACAGGACAUCUUGUAAAAAGCUACUUUGUAAUCUGUAAGUAAAAUUUUGAGGGAAUGACAGUAUUUAAUAUUAUUUGUUAUGAGUAAUUAGUGCCAAAAAUUAUGUGAUAAAUAGAAACUGGAGAUUUUUAAGACCUUAUGUGCAUUUAUACCCUACCUUUCCUCGGGGUGGGGGGAAUGUUUCAGGGUAUACGAGUAUCAGUCCCUAAAAACAGUGUUCCAAUAACAACAUAUAAAUAAAGACUUGGGAAAAUGCCAAGUGUACAUUUGGCUUUGGGAACAUCCAAAGACCCUAGUUUCACAACUAUUAAUUCAGAAGCUGGAUGACGAGGUAAAUUUUAGGAUCAGUGUUGUAUUUAUUUAGGCGGAAAUCCUUAACCUAAAAUUCAGCCUGUCUAUUGAUUUCCAGGGGACUUUUAGAAACACCUUGAGAUUGUACACAGAUUUGGGUGAGGAUGUACAUUAUGGGGAAGAGGUGAUGUAUACCUUUUAUAAGAUUUGUUUAGGGGCUAAUAAAAGAUCAAUUGAAGAUAACUUCUUGACUGUUUCUACUACUUUUCCCUGUAGGAUUUAGAUACAGAUCUUUGAUUUUUUUCAGAUACACAGUAUGUGUUGUCUUCCCAUCCUAAUUUUCCUUCACUUGGCCCACAGGCUUUCUUUGUCUUGAAUAGUGAGCGAACAUUGAAGCACUUAGAACCAAAUUGUUUUUAAGUCUGGCUAGUUGGUUAUGCAUAGUGUUUCCGUGCCACGAGCCAAAUGAAAUGUAGGCUGCCGAGAGAAAUAGUACAGUUGGGCUUAGCGGGCCAGGGAGACAGAUAGUGCCCAAAAGUAAGAGAACCUUGGGAUUAUUCUUGUUGCCUUUUUUUUUUUUUUUUUUCCAAUUCACUUGAGAAUUGUUCUUAUAUAUCGCUCAUGGUUUCCAUAGCAAGAGUAUGUUUUUCACAAGCCAAUGUUUCCAAAGAUCCCUUUCCAGUUUACUUUCUGUGUCCUAAAAGUAAGAGGAUGACUUUCAGGUUAAUACACAUUUUAUCUGUUUUCUUGAACAAAUCAUUGAGCAUGCAUCAGGUACAGUGCUGGCGUGAACUGAGUGUUAUGUGUCGGAAGAUGACAGAGAGUCGAAGAUGAGGUCUGAAGGGCAGAUUUAGGAGAGAAGCCUUGCCCCGCAUCAUGGAUGCUUUAGACAAGAGAUAUAAUUUCCUUUGUUUUUUUUUGGAGACUGUAAAUUUGUUAAAUUGGGGUUGUUUCUUACAAAGAUGGAGAUAUAGGCUUUGAAAUGAUCCUUCUACCUAAAAUCACUGAAAACAAGACAAAAUUACGUGAAACAGCUUUUUUUUUUUUUUUUUUUUUUAAGAUACUGCAAAUCAGAAUAUGAAGCAUAAUGAUCUCUGAGAAACAGAAAACCAACCCUCUGGUUGCCACAGUUUGCUACCUGGAGGGAGAGGAGGGGCACAGGGAGCCCGCUUGGGGCGGGGGGAGGGCAGAGGGAGCCUGCUGGUCUCUCUGAUUUGAGGAGAUGAAGCUGGAAGACACCAGAGUGUCUUGAAUUACCAAAGAAGAGGGAGUAGCCCGCUUAGAACUUGGGGGAUCUUGGGAGGGUUUCUUCUGAGUCUUUAGCUGAGUACUGAUCAGCACGUAGAAGUGCAGAAGUUACCCAUGGCCAGGGAAAGAGCCUCCAGGAAGGAUUUUGAGGGGAACGGUAUUCUGAGCUGACACAGCCAGGACUAGAUCGUGUUGUCAGAGUGCAAACCCUCAGGAAUGAUAGGGCAUUAGGUAGAGGGUUCACAAGUGUGUGUCCGUGUUGGUACAGAAUUAUCCCCGUAUUAGGUAUUGUUCUGAUCCUGCCAAACAAAGGUAAAAGCAAAAUCUGAAAAGAUUGAACUGUUACCAAGCAAUGUAGUCACAUCCUAGAACAAAACUCAUGACUGUCAUCUAGAAAAAUUUCCAGUAUCUAACAGAGCAGAAUUUAUAAUGCCUGGCAUCCAGUAAAAACCUACUGGCAUGCAAAGAAGCUGGAAAGUCUCCCUACUGAGGGGGAAAAGUCAAUCACUUAUAACUUCCCAAGAAUAGAUACCUAUGGUAGAAAUGGUAGAAAAGAUCAUUAAAACAGUUUUUAUAACUGUGUUCCCUCAGUUGAGAAGCUAGAGGAAAGAUUAAUCUGGUAAAUACAGAUGUUAAAGAUAUUUUAAAAAGUGAAAUGAACCUGUAGCGAUUAAAAUCCGGAAUAUCUGGUGGGGUUAAUGUAGAUGAAGUAUUAGGGAACAAAAGAUGAGUGAAUUUGAAGAUGCAGAAAUAGAAAGUCUCCAAAAAGAAACAGGAAAAAACCCAACAAAGGAAGGGAGGUAAGCUGUGUAGGACGUGUGCAAGCAUCCUCAUGUACGAGUCACACAGGUCCCUGCAUGA